AAGGAGAGUGUCUGCGCGUCACUUCCGCCUCUAGUCAACAAUGGCGUCCUCCACGACAGAAGACGGCGUGAGUGAUUCGCCAACAGGCAAAAAAUCUAAAAAGACGAAACCUCAGGUGGAUGAAUCUGAACUCCUGACUGUUCCUGAUGGAUGGAAAGAGCCGGCGUUCACCAGAGACGACAACCCCCGUGGCCUACUGGAGGAGAGCAGCUUCGCCACCCUCUUCCCCAAAUACAGAGAAGCCUACCUGAAGGAGUGCUGGCCGCUGGUGGAGAAGGCUUUAGGAGAGUCGCACAUCAAAGCCUCUCUGGACCUGAUAGAAGGCAGCGUUACAGUCUGCACCACUAAGAAAACAUUUGAUCCCUACGCCAUCUUAAGAGCGAGAGAUCUCAUUAAGCUGCUGGCGAGGAGCGUCCCAUUUGAACAGGCUGUGCGGAUAUUGCAGGACGACGUGGCUUGUGACAUCAUCAAAAUCGGGACCCUGGUGAGGAACAGAGAGCGGUUUGUGAAGCGAAGGCAGCGGCUUAUUGGCCCCAAGGGCUCCACCCUAAAAGCGUUAGAGUUGUUGACCAACUGCUAUGUGAUGGUACAGGGCAACACGGUGUCAGCCCUGGGACCCUACAACGGCCUAAAGGAGGUCCGUAAAGUGGUGUUGGACACGAUGAAGAACAUCCACCCCAUCUACAACAUCAAGACAUUGAUGAUCAAAAGAGAGCUGUCCAAGGACCCCGACCUGCGGGUGGAGAGCUGGGAGCGCUUCCUGCCCAAGUUCCGCCACAAGAACCUGGCCAAGCGCAAGGAGCCCAAGAAGAAGAGCACGAAGAAGGAGUACACGCCGUUCCCCCCUCCACAGCCAGACAGCAAGGUUGACAAGGAGCUUUCCACAGGAGAGUUCUUCCUGCGUGAAAGUGUGAAAAGGAGGAAGAAGAUGGAGGAAAUCAAGGUCAAGCAAGCAGAAGCACUGACCAAGAAACAGGAAGAGCGAAACAAAGCCUUCAUCCCUCCCAAAGAGAAGCCUUUAAUGAAGCAUACAACUAAAGCCCCCACAGAAAGUAAGCUGGACAUCGAAGCCAUCAAGGAAAAAGUGAAAAAAGCCAAGACCAAGAAGCUCGGGGCUCCACCAGUGAACCCGAAUCCUCCGGCCAGCAGCAGCAGCACCACCAACAAAAAGAAAAAGAACAAAACAAAAAGCAAAGGCUAAACAUGCAGCGGCUCCACUGCCGCUCUAACAUACCACAUGUUAUGGUGUAAAAAGACUGUACGCACAGAGGAGGACAGGACGUCAGACACAGAGUGUGUGUCUGAGCUUGGAUCAAGGUUAAUGAUUCCACCAUGAACUCUCAAUCACGUUUUUAUUCAGCUGUUUCUUCUGCUGAAGAAUUUCCCAGUGGUUAAUGUUGUAUCUUGAGACCAAGUGUGUUGGAAGGUGAACAGUAAUGCGUUUCCCUCAGUCUCCUUCUUCCCAGAUUUUGAACGAUUAGUUUUUUUCUUCUUUGUUAAGACAGAUGUGUGUUUAGGAGGAGGUUUGCUGAAAUAUAAAUGUAAAAAUAAAAGUUUUUUUCUUAACAGUCA